AACACAAACCCGCAGAAAAUUUAUUCAAAAAUAAACAAGCAAGCAAGCACAGGAAAGUUGUGUCGCCAGUCGCUCAUAAAUUUCACGCUUUUCUUUGUGAAAAAGUAAAAACUUGAAAACAGUAUGGAAUCAUUCAGCCUUUUGAGCUGUAGAAUGUGUCUUUGCAUUCCGGGUGAAGGUGCGUUAACAUUUUCGGUAUCCGAUACGUUUAAAGGAAGGCCACUCAGGGAAAUGAUUGAACAACUAUUCGGGAUUAAGAUAUCCAAAGAGGAUUUCCUAACCAACGUUUGUGUAGAAUGUAUGGAUCGGAUCAAUACAGUUAGAGCUAUCUAUCAACAGUUUAUACAAAGCAAUGAAAAUUUGAAACAAUUGCUAGAAAAGUUUAAAGAAGAAUCGGAAGAAGUUGAAGUGCUAGUAAUUGAUGAAAUUGUUUUAAAUCAAAACGCGAAGCAACCUGAUGAUGAAGUUGAAUUGGUGCCUAUGAAAAACGAACCGGUAGACUUUGAAGAAGAACCUAGAGAAGUGGAUAUCAGGAAUGAAGAGGAAAUUGAAUUCCUUGAAACCCCAUCGGUGAUAUUAGAUGACAAACUGUUAAAUGAUAGUUCGUUAGCAGGUGUAGUGAUUGAUAGUAGCACAGGAAGUGUUGAGGUUGACCACAGCCCUCCUAUAGAUGUAUCAUUGGAUAUUGAUCCAUCCCCCAACACAGUAAAACCAAAAACUCCUAAAUCUAAAAUAUCCUACAGGAAAAUUCGAUUAAAUCAACAAAUUCCAAACCAUAAAUGUUAUUUCUGUAAAACAGUUUUCGAGACAGAGCUUGCUUUCACUGAACAUCUUCAUGUUCACUUUGCGGAAGUGCCGCUGGUUUGUGAGAAAUGUGACAACAUAGUGUUUAAAAGUGUACGCCAGGCCAGUAAACAUUUAGCGCUUCACGACGAAGACGAACGCCCGCACAAGUGCCGUAUUUGUGAAUUGCGGUUUUUCACUAGAGAAAAUAGUCUAACUCAUGAGCGUAAAAUACAUCGUCUAAAGGUGAAAAUUCAGAAGAACAUUGACGGCUUUGCCGACAAACAAAAGCUGAGAACGUUCCACUGUAAAUUUUGUGGGCAAUCGGCUCCGAACAACCUGUACCUGAAGAAACAUGAACUCACACACGGACCUCCACCGCCGACCCACGCAUGCGAAGUGUGUGGCAAAGAGUUUACCGCCAGGAAAAAUUUGACGAGACAUCUCAUGAUACACACGGGCAUUCUAUCCUUUUUCGCCGUUCAGGCAGGUGCAGCUAAAGUUUACGCAGUAGAAGCCAGUAAUAUGGCCCAGUACGCGCAGCAACUCGUCCACUCAAAUAAUCUAGAAGGAAAAAUUACCGUAAUCGCUGGUAAGAUUGAGGAAAUUGAGCUCCCGGAGAUGGUUGAUGUCAUCAUUUCGGAGCCAAUGGGCUACAUGCUGUACAAUGAGCGCAUGUUGGAAACUUAUCUGCAUGGUAAAAAAUGGCUUAGACCAGAAGGAAAAAUGUUUCCUUCGCGAGGCGAUCUACAUGUGGCCCCAUUCACUGACGAGGCUCUCUACAUGGAGCAAUACAAUAAAGCAAACUUUUGGAUGCAAACCGAGUUUCACGGCGUAAACUUGGUGUCGCUUAGGGACGCUGCAAUGAAGGAAUACUUCCGUCAGCCUAUCGUUGAUACAUUCGAUAUUCGCAUUUGCAUGGCAAAAUCAAUAAGACACACCACUAAUUUUUUAACUGCUGAUGAAAAAGAUUUGCAUCGCAUACAAAUAGACGUUGAAUUUCACAUUCUUGAAACAGGAACUUGCCAUGGGCUGGCAUUCUGGUUUGAUGUUGAGUUUGCUGGCUCCUGCUCUCAAGUUUGGCUAUCAACGGCUCCGACGGAAUCAUUAACCCAUUGGUAUCAGGUUCGCUGCUUACUACAAACACCCAUAUUCGUUAAGCAAGGGCAGGUUUUAUCCGGUAAAGUAGUUUUGGCAGCUAAUCAAAGACAAAGCUAUGAUGUUGAAAUCGACUUGAAAUUGGAAGGCACGAUGAUAACUUCCACCAACACGUUAGAUCUUAAAAAUCCGUACUUCCGAUACACUGGUGCUCCUGUUCCGGCACCGCCAGGCUCAAAUACUACAUCACCAAGUGAGGCGUAUUGGGGACAGCUCGAUGCUCAAGGGGCUCGAAAUGCAGUGAAUCUCGUAAAUGGAAUCACAGUGAACGGCCUUGGGGAAGUAGACAUGACGAUGAUCAACACCAACCUAAUGCCGAUCGGAAAUCAACCGAACAUUCAUCCAGGGCUCAUCUCCAGCACUGGAAGGCAACAGUCACAACAGCAAACAACACCGGCACAACAGCUGACAAUGAACCCAACGAUCGCAUGUGCGGCCACUUCAACGCAGAAUGUAGCCCAACAACAACUCAUUGGUGGCGCUAUUUCUCCAUCCCUGUUCACCACACCUACUCAACAAAUCAUCAACAGCCACCAUUCACAACCCAUCCAUGGUGCCCAGUUCUACUAAGAAAAACAGCAUCGUUCUCUCCCAGAAAGCAUAUUAUCCGAGCACUGGAAAAUAUACAAGACUCCAACAACUACACUUUACACACAUACACUCAAGAAACGCUUUAUCAUCGCCGAUUAGGUUCACUGCGCUACUCUUAUAAUUAUUUAAUUGUAUACCACUUUUACUGAGAUUGACCGAGCGUGAUCCAAAUAAGGAUACGGUGUCCGAAUAGUUUAUAUUACAUGAUAGUAAACUUUUAUUUUCAAAAGUUAUGUUCACUUUUUAUGUCGCCUAGUUUUAAAUAGACUUUCCAAUUAAAUUGUGUCUCUGAAGCGGAAA